AUGUGCUUUAGCCCCAUCUUCACGUAUACCGAACAGAAUGACAGUCUGGGUCUUUGUGUCAUUCAAGAUAUACUCACGUAUGCUUUUAAGGAUGACGCCUUUGCCAGCCCUCAUAUUAAAUCCCCUCAGGACAUCUGGCGCCUUACAGAAAUUCUAGCGCAUCAUCUCAUUACACCGAUUCAUUUCAAAAAGAGCGUCAGAGAGAUCUGCAAUUUUAGACGUACCAUUGUCUCUGGGACAAAUACAAAGUGUGCCAAGUACUAUCAAAUUGGGAAAGAUGAGACCUGCGACACCGUCACAGAGAAAACCGGUAUUUCUAGAUCUGACUUCAUGUUUUUGAACCCCGAGCUCACGGAGACCUGCACAAACCUCCAAAAGGAUGUGUACUACUGUGUGCAGGCUGUUGGAGAUAUUACAACCUACUCGGGCCAUGCUGGAAGUACUUCAGAUCGAUUCAGCAAAGUCUCCAUGACCUCCGUUCCUUCGUCGGCCUCUAGACCCGACUUUGCCGGCGCUUUGAAGAACAACUCCAUCCCUGCCAUUCCUCUUGCCAAGGAUACUAGAAAGGACUGUUACGAUUACAUUUGGAUGAACAACAUCACCGACAAUGCGCUCGCGGAUUGCUGGACAAUGGCCAUGACAAUCGACGUUCCGAAAGAGGACUUCAUUAUGUGGAACCCCUCGCUCGAGAAGAAUGCUACCGGUUACAAUUAUCCUUGUACACUUCAAAGCAGCUCGUCUUAUUGUGUGCAGCUCUCCAAGCCGACCAAUACUCAGACAACCAGAGUCCAAAGUCCCUCAUCGGUUGCUGCGUCGUCUACUCAAAGUCCAAAAUCUACAACUCACGCCUGA